AUGGCCGAGGAGCGUCGCGGGGCCUGGUUCGGCUUCGGUUUCUGCGGCUUCGGGCAGGCACUGGGCUCGGGGCGCGGGCGCCAGGUACACAGCCCCGAGCCUCUGAGGGCGCCGGGCGCGGGCCUCGAUGUCUGCCGCGUGAGCGCGAGCUGGAGCUACACCGCCUUCGUGACCCGUGGAGGAGGCCAGGUGGAGCUGUCUGGCUUCGCCGUCGGAGCGGUGGGCGGCUGCAGGGACGCGUGGGCGUCGGAGGAGCUCCUGGUGGUGCUGCGCGCGGGGCCGGGACCCGGGGCCGGGAUGGAGCUGCAGGCCUGGGCGCCCGGUUCGGCGCUGCGCGGGGAGCCCCUCUGGGCCCAGACCGUGCCGGAGGCCGAGCGGGAAGACGGACCGGGCGGCGAUGAGACCCAGGCUGGGCCGCUGCCGCUGCUGCCCUGCGCUCGCGCCUACGUGAGCCCGCGGCCGCCCUUCUACCGGCCUCUGGCCCCGACACUGCGGGCGCGCCGGCUGGAGCUGGGCGCUGAGCACGCGUUGCUGCUGGACGCGGCGGGCCAGGUGUUCUCCUGGGGCGCGGGCAGGCACGGACAGCUGGGCCACGGGACUCUGGAGGCAGAGCCGGAGCCGAGGCUGCUGCAGGCGCUGCAGGGCCUAACCAUGGCUGAGGUGGCCGCAGGUGGCUGGCACUCUCUGUGUGUGAGUGAGGCUGGGGAUAUUUAUAUCUGGGGCUGGAAUGAAUCAGGGCAGCUGGCCCUGCCCACCAAGAGCCUGGCAGAGGAUGGAAAGACAACCUCAGAAGCCUCAGGACUGAAUGAAGAUGGUUCUGAAGUGAAGAGAGUAGCCGGGGGUGAGGAUGGAGCCCCCACCCCCUUCAUAGCUGUCCAGCCCUUCCCGGCUUUAUUGGACCUCCCCCUGGGCUCAGAUGCAGUCAAGGCCAGCUGUGGAUCCCGGCACACAGCGGUGGUGACAAGAACGGGGGAGCUCUACACCUGGGGCUGGGGUAAAUAUGGACAGCUUGGCCACAAAGACACGACCAGCUUGGAUCGGCCCUGCCGUGUGAAGUACUUUGUAGAUAAGCAACUCCAAGUAAGGACCGUGAGCUGUGGGCCCUGGAACACCUACGUGUAUGCUGUGGAAAAAGAGAAGAGCUGACAUGUAUAGAUAAGGGCAUAAAAUAAAUGUAGAGUGAAAAAUUAUGAAGCUAACACCUGUGAAACUCCCCCCAGGUCAAGGAAAACCAUUGCCAGCACCCCAGAGGCCCCACAUUUGGCCUUCCCUAUCACAGCCCUCUUGCUCCACCUUAGAGCAGGCAGCAUCCUCAACAUUAGAAACACCUGGAGGGAACUCCCUGGCGGUCCAGUGGUUAGGACUCUGCGCUUUCACUGCCUAGGGCGCGGGUUCAAUCCCCGGCCUGGGAACUAAGAUCACACAAGCCGCAUGGCACAGCGUGGCCCAAAAAAAAAAAAAAAAAAGAAAAGAAACAAACACCUGGAGAUUUGAAAUUUGAUGCCUAAAGCCAGCAUCACAGACACAAUGAAAUCAGAACUUAGGGGUGUGGAACCUAGAUGUGGGUAGAUUUUUUAGGCUGCCACACCCCACCCCACCCCUGGUGAUUUGGAGGUAGUGCUAAGAUUGGGAACCACUAGAGGUCAUCUUCUUUUGUUAUUCAUACACCUGUUUUCAUUUUGACUCAUACCAUUCCUUGUAUGCAUCUUUAUACAAUAUAAUUUGUCUGCUUUUGAACUUUAGGUAAAUAGAAUCAUUCUGUGUAUGUUCUUUCAUGUCUUGUUUUUUUCAUCAGCACUGUAUGAUUCAUCUGUGGU